AUGGGUACGAAAUGUUCAUGCUUAAAAGAAGAAUCCAAUGAAGCUCAGCAGGUAACUCUUGAAAGCGGCCCUCGUGAGCGAGAUAAAAAGCUUAACUCUUCCAACAAAUCCCAAGACAUUUCUCUAAUUAAAUCCAAAUUUCCUUCAAAAAUCGACAUAGACGACCUUAUCAAGCUUCAAAGUUUCCUCCGAGGCUACAUUGACAGAAAAAACCACAAAACUAUCUACACCACUCUGCAAAUAGAAAUAAAACGGCCUGAACCCAAACCUCACCAGCAAGAAACCCAGCCGCAGCAAAAAACUUUUAAUCGUCUCACUUCUUAUAACAAUUCUGAGCCUGACACCCCUAUCAUAAGAACCGAUCUUAAGCAGCUUCCAGAAUCCCUCGUCCCAGACUACUCCACAAUUGCUACCCGUCAAGUCGAAAGCAUUUUAGGCCCAUUUGUGACUACAAACACCCCUAAUGACUCGACCACAAAGAUAAAGCGAGGUCCUUGUGAAAUAGAAAAUUGCUCAAUUUAUACUGGCGAGUGGAAUACUAAUAACCAACGCCAUGGGUACGGAAUUCAAAUUUGGAGUGACGGCAGUAAAUAUGAAGGAUACUGAAAAAAUGAUAAAGCCAAUGGAAAAGGACGGCUUAUUCAUGCGGAUGGAGAUGUUUAUGACGGAGAAUGAAAAGACGAUAAAGCCCAUGGUUUUGGGAUAUAAAAAUUUCCCUUAAUUAUGUAUAUUAAAACUAUAAACUAUGUUUUUUUUAAUAUUUAUAAGAAAAAAGUAUAUAUAUUCAUUCUGAUGGAGCCAGAUAUGAAGGAAUGUGGGCUGAAGACAAACAAUGUGGCCAAGGCAAAGAAACAUGGCCUGAUGGCGCUGUUUAUAUAGGAGACUACUCAGAUGGCAAAAAGCAUGGAAAAGGGAAAUUCGAAUGGGCAGAUGGAAGUAAAUAUGAAGGAGAUUUUAAUGAAAAUAAUAUAGAAGGGAUAGGCACCCAUACCUGGAAUGACAAAAGAAUGUACCAUGGGGAGUGGAAAAACAAUAAAAUGAACGGAAAAGGCCUUUUCACAUGGAGUGAUGGCAGGAAGUAUGAAGGGGAGUAUGUUGAUGAUAAAAAAGAAGGCUUUGGAAUUUUUGUAUGACCUGAUGGGAGGAAGUAUGAAGGACAAUGGUUUAAUGGAAAACAGCAUGGGAGAGGUCUUUAUUAUGCAGCGAAUGGGAGUAAAAGAGAAGGGGAAUGGAAAGAAGGGAAAAGGACGAAGUGGAAUAAUGAUAACGAUAGUUAA